AUGAUUUCUUUAAAGGUUCGUCAGCAACGGGGCAAGACCAGUCUGUCUGAUAACUUGAAAUCAUCAUCAUCAGCAUCGGACAUUCUACGUCCUUCCAGUUCGGGAUCAGAAACAUUAAUGUCUUCUAUCUCCGACACCAAAGAAGAGAAUGUUGGUUUCUUUAUGAACCAAGAUUACUCUCCACAGAAUGAAGAUGGCACUUGGUCAGAAUCCAAUCUACCAGUUAAUCUUUUUAAUACACCCUCGCCUCCUUGUACUACACUCGAAACAUCUUCGCCACCACCAACAAGAAGAAGUACUCGAGCCAAUAAAAAUGUACAGCCAAAGUUGGACCAGUUCUUUGCAAGAACUGAAAAGCCAGUGGUCCCCACCAAGCGCAAGGCUGUGAUGAAUAGUGUCGAAGACCUUCUCAUUGAUACCACCGAAGAGUCGUUGGAACCACCUCGCAAAAAAGUAAUGACUACAUCCCCUCGUCAGCCUGCGCGAGUAACCCCUCCAAAAUCACGCAAAGCUGCUGCCAAGGUCAAGAAGCUACCUUCCUUGGCAAACGCAACUUUGAACAAGCCGGAAGCUUGGGGCGAGCCACCAGUAUGGGCUGAGAAGAGACAACAACUUUGUUCAUCACUUCCUUAUCAUAAGGGAUAUGAAUCUGCUGCAUAUCGCACUAAUGGUAUGAUUGCUGGGUUCCUCGCCAAUCAAGGAGUUGGUCCCCGCGAUGUCUUCACAGAAGAUAUCUACAUCACUUCAGUUGGUGGUGGCAAGUCAAAGGGCGAGGAUGGUGAAACGAAGCGGGUCAAGGACCAAGACUUCAGCUCAAUUGCCAUCUCUUUCCAACGCACCAUGGAAGCUAAGCUGCCAAUUGCAAUGAUUGCUGGUCAGCGCAAUACCAUCUGCCCUGUCAAGCUCAAUCACCAUUUCAAUCGGUCUUGGUGGUCUCCAAUCGACUCUGUUGCCCAUCUUUCUCAAGGAUAUGAUGGUGUGAAGACGGUUGUCCAAACUUGUGGUGCUUGCAAUACUUCAUGCAAGACCAUCUACACUCAAGGCUGGACUUGUCGAAGCCCUCAGUGCGAAUCGUUUUACGUUUUUGAUCAUCAAGUUGAUGGCGAUGACCUCCAAUAUUGUGCGGAGUUUCUUCAAGAGCGCACCCCUUACGCUGGAGCUGCACCUCCCCCAUUACGUCCUGAGCCUGUCACUGAUGCAGACUUGGUCGGUGAAGAUAUCUUUGGUGUCGAAGAACGAUGCAAACAAGGCAUUGUUUGCCCAAAGUGUCAUGGAUGUAUCCGUCGUUUGGAAUGGCGACAAUGGACUUGUGAAACACCGAGCUGUGAUUUCACUCACACUGUAACACAGGUUCCAGUUCCCAUCACCAAAGCCAUCGAAGGCAACAACAUCAUUGUUGAUCAGAGUCCAAUAUUGUUUGCUCAUGAAUCCGUUCGUGUCAACCACAAGCCCAUUGGUCACUAUGAUGUUUACGAGCUCCAACUUCCUGGCGAGACAUCAGAAGCUGGAUGGAUCCAAAUUUUCCGCUCUAAUGGUCUUAUCAACAGCCAACCAGGUGGACCAAAUGAUUUGUUCCAAGGAAUGCAGAAGGAUGACUACAAGCUCCGCAGAGGUCCUGCUAGACAUCCUGGUCUUCCAAUGGAGAUUGUCACUGCGCACUUCGCAUCAAACUUUGGGGCACCAUACAAGUUCUUGGUUGCACAUGACGCCAAUUCGUUUGAAGAUGCUCCAAUACCUAUCCUCCAGGCAAUGCAAAGAAUGACUUGGGCUGGGAAACAAGCAUUUUCCGGAAAGCACGAUGCCGAGUUUACUCCUUUCAACGAAGUCUUGGCCCUUGGUUACUUUGAGAACAUGCACAUUGGUUAUCACGAUGAUGGAGAAGAUACUCUUGGUGAAACCGUUGCAACCUUAUCUCUCGGAGCAUCCUCAACCAUGUGCUUCCGUCCAAAGAACAAAAGCACAAUCGGCGGUGUUCUCAAGCCCGGUAAGGGCAAUCUUGGUUCCAAAGCAGCCAAGAAAGACUAUGUCAAGGUCACUCUGAACCAUGGCGACAUCAUUGUUAUGCACGGAUCUGGAAUUCAUAAAUACUAUGAACAUGCCGUUACACCUCAUGGUCUUUUGCGUUUUGCUCUCACUUGUCGCCAUGUCAAGCCUGAGUUACUCAGUCCUGAGGAUCGCAUCAUUUGUGCGGAAAAGAGUGCUCUUCCUGCCAAUUUUGCCGACUACGCUUAUGAUGGUGACAUUGGCGUAAGUGAAAACCCAAGUCGACCAACCAACGAGGGAGACGACGAUGAUCUCACAAAGUUGAAGAAAUUCAUCGUCGCCAAGAAGUUGUCCGGUGAACUUACCAAGGCCGACUGCCAGGAAUUGCGAGAUAUCAUUCUCGACCUUUAA